AUGCAUUUACACACGUUGGGCAUCCUAGGUCAAGAAGGAAUCGCAAGCCUAUUCCUACUAGGAACCCAACUCCAAGAACAGUCAAAGGCUCACUCCAAUUGGGAACCCAAUCUGCAAAAGGAGUCCAAAUCCAAGAAGGAAGCCCAGUUACAGCUGGACAGCCCAACAGAUAAUUCACAUCUCCUACAUGCCACCGCGCGCCAUGCAGAAGCUGGGGGGCAUUUGUGGUAA